AUGGCCCUCCGCUGUGAGGGACUCCAUUUCCCAGAAUGCCUGACACAGACGUGCAAGUCUGGGCCGUCCGCUGUGCAGGACUCCAUUUCCCAGAAUGCCGUUUUCCUGACUCCGCCUCAGCCCCGGCUCCUCCCCCCUGUGGCGGUCUCCGAGCAUGCUGGGAGUCUCCUCUGGGCUUCUUCAGCUCCUGGAAGCUGCACAACUGCGUUUCUGGGACCUUUGCUGGGCGCACCCAGAGGAAGUCUCCCCCCCUUGGGGCUGCCACCCCCCCGAAGCACCCCAGGGUGGCCCUGCAGAGAGCCCGCAGCCAGAGGAAUGGCCGUCUGGACCCCAAGGCCCCCCUCCCAGGGGUCAAUAACAUUCAAGGAUGUGGCUGUGGACUUCACCCAGGAGGAGUGGUGCCUCUUGGACCAUUCUCAGAAAGAGCUGUACCAGGAGGUGAUGCUGGAGAAUGUGCACAAUGUACUGUCUGUGGGGCUUCCAGUUCCUAGAGAAAAUUUGAUCUUCUGUUUUCAACAAGGGUUGGCACCAUGGCUGCUAGAACAAAAAGGCCCAAGGAUUUCCUGCCCAGAGGCUGAGACGAAUUUUGAAGUGAAGGAGAUGUGUACAAAGCUGAGCCUUUUUGAGGAAGGAUCUGACGCCCAAAGAUGCGUGAAUGUGGGACCCUGUGACCUCAUUUUGCGAGAAAUCUGCAACUCUAAUAUGGUGCAAAAACAUCCAAGAAAUGACUCUGAAUUUGAUGAUACUUCAAAGAAAUUCAAUCAAUAUUCCGUCCUAAAUGAGUAUGUGAAAUUGACCUCAGGAAAUGACACUUUCCAGGAUAGCAAAUAUAGGAAACCAUUUCCUGAAGAAGUAGGUCUUGUUCAUUCACCUGAGAAACCUCCUGAAAUGUCCUUGUAUCAAGGUAACCUAGGAGGGAUGACCUUUGGCUGGAUUUUAGAUCUCUUUAGACAUUCUAAGCAUAAAAGUGUUGCGAUGUUUUCUGCAAGUGAUAAAGGUGACAGACGUUUCACUCAGAAUUCUGAGCUUACAGAACAUCAGGGCAUCCACACUGGAGGGAAACCUUAUGAAUUUAAACAAUGUGGAAAGGCUUUCAUACAGAGUAGCAAACUUGCUGAACAUCAUAGCAUCCACACUGGAGAGAAACCUUAUGAAUGUAAACAGUGUGGAAAGGCUUUCACACAGAGGGGCAAUCUGGCUGCACAUCAGAGAAUCCACACUGGAGAGAAACCUUAUGAAUGUAAACACUGUGGAAAGUCUUUCACCCAGAGGAUCUCUCUCACUAGACAUCAGAGAAUUCACACUGGAGAGAAACCUUAUGAAUGUAAACAAUGUGGAAAGGCUUUCACACAGAGGAGCAAACUUGCUGCACAUCAGAGAAUCCACACUGGAGAGAAACCUUUUGAAUGUCAACACUGUGGAAAGGCUUUCACAGAGAGGGGCAGUCUUGUUUCACAUCAGAGAAUCCACACUGGAGAGAAACCUUAUGAAUGUAAACAAUGUGGAAAGUCUUUCACUGUGAGGGUCUCUCUCACUGCACAUCAGAGCAUCCACUCUGGAGAGAAACCUUAUGAAUGUAAACACUGUAGAAAGGCUUUCACACAGAGGAGCAGUCUUGUUUCACAUCAGAGAAUCCACACUGGAGAGAAACCUUAUGAAUGUAAACACUGUGGAAAGUCUUUCACCCAGAGGAUCUCUCUCACUAGACAUCAGAGAAUUCACACUGGAGAGAAACCUUAUGAAUGUAAACAAUGUGGAAAGACUUUCACACAGAGGAGCAACCUUGCUGCACAUCAGAGAACCCACACUGGAGAGAAACCUUUUGAAUGUCAACACUGUGGAAAGGCUUUCACAGAGAGGGGCAGUCUUGUUUCACAUCAGAGAAUCCACACUGGAGAGAAACCUUAUGAAUGUAAACAAUGUGGAAAGUCUUUCACUGUGAGGGUCUCUCUCACUGCACAUCAGAGCAUCCACAGUGGAGAGAAACUUUAUGAAUGUAAACACUGUGGAAAGGCUUUCACACAGAGGAGCAGUCUUGUUUCACAUCAGAGAAUCCACACUAGAGAGAAACCUUAUGAAUGUGAACAUUGUGGAAAGGCUUUCAUACGGAGGGUCUCUCUAACUAGACAUCAGAGAAUCCAUGUUGGGGAGAAACAUCAUGAAUAUGAAUAGUGUGGAAAGGCUUUCAUAGAGAGACUUAAUACAUAUCAGAGAAUCCACACUGGAGAGAAACCUUUUGAAUGUAAACAAUUUGGAAAGGCUUUUAUGGAAAGUUUUCCACUGCACAUCAGAGCAUCCACACUGGAGAAACCUUAUGAAUGUUAAAAGUGUGGAAUGGCUUUCAUACAGAGGAGCACACUUGCUGCACAUCAGGGAAUCCAUCCUGUCUAGUCUGAUGGCAGUGAUCCAUGACCCAGUGGGUCCCUCUCUGGUUUGGGUCCUGGCUCUGCCUUUUUCCUUUCUACUGGUCCAGAUGUAGGCCCUUGGGAUGGUCCCUGUAGGUCAAGCAAGCUGGGUAUGGGUAGGAGAUGGGGAGUGGGAACUCCUUGAAGGAAGGGACUAUUUAAUUUUUGUCUUUGUACCCCCAGCACCAAAACUGACACAGGAUAGGAACCUACUAAAAGCUUGUUGAAUUGGUGUGGAUGUGACCUUGAUCCACAAGGCCCUUUGGUGACCUGUGGGGGGGGGCGGAGCUCAUUCCUCGUGAAUAUAGGAUUAAUUCUUCUCUUAUUUAAGUUAAUCAACAAAGACUUAAGUACCCCUACUUAGUACCUUACCAGUCUAAUUAUUAGAGUUCACAAGACAUUUGCUAGAGUGGGUGACAAUUCCAGAGGCCACUUCCCCACCCCUCUGCAGUGUUAGGCAAAUUGAAAGACUUGUGAUUGGUUCCUUUAAGGUGAGGAAGGGACAGGAAGUGAUUUGAAAAAGGACUAUAAAAAGUCCUAAAAUUCCUUUCCCUGGGACUUUUCCUUUGAACUUCUCCUUUGGAGUUUGUCUUUGGAGUCUCUGUGUCAGUGAGCUGGACUGAAGGAGACUCUUUCCCUGGAUCCUGUGUUGGUUUCCUGGGUGAGUAGCUGGCCUUCCUUUCCUGGAGGAGGCUACAUUGGUGGUACCCUUGCUGAGACUACCAGAAAUCCAUGUGAAGAUCAGAAUUUAAGAGCCCUUACAGGGUGGUGAGCUGGACAUCUUUGGACAGAAAUUAUAGGUUAUCUAGCUAAGCAAUACUUUCUACUUACUUUCUGCAUUUCUCUCUUUUACUAUAUCUCCAUUAAAUUAAAUUGUUAAGAGUGGCUAACAGA